AUGUUGAAUAUAACGCAAGAAGAACUGCAUAAAUCUUGACGUUGUUGUGAGGGAUUAUUGUGGAUUGUGGUUGAAGACGGCGAUUUCUGCGAAGAGGACGUAUUGGAUGAUGGUGAUACGUUGCUGGUGCGUAAUGGCGACGGUGUACUAACAACACUGCUGCUGGAUUUUGUUGUGGUGUUGGGAAUGCUGCUAGUGCCUAGUGCUGCUGGAUUGCCGAAAUCUUUGGCGUGCGGUGACGAUGUGCAUCCGGCAUCGAACGAUGCCGAAAAUAGAUAG